CAAGCCGAGGUCCAUCGGGUCGGAACCUUAAAUUCCCAUGACAAGCGGGCAAUAUCAACUUCAUUUCUCAGGACGACGACGGUUUCUGGAAUCAGCCCUCCCUAUUCUUCGCUCCGAACCUUCUUGUGCUCAACAGCUAUGGGCGGCGAUUCAAAGUCAAAAGCUCUGGCGAUUCCAAGCUGGCAGCUUCCGCACGCGGAUAGCACCACAUCGAAUCCUGCGACGGCGGUCAACGCUUCCAGCGAGGAUAAAGAGAAGACAGAAUCAUCCGCAAGAGAGACUCUGAUAGAACAAGCUUCCCGAUUCCUGGAAGACGAAUCUAUACGCGAUGCCCCGACCGAUAAAAAGGUUUCGUUCCUCGAAUCUAAAGGUUUGAACAAUGAGGAUAUUCAAAAGUUGCUCGGUGUCUCAAGGAACCCCGAAGCUACAAGCACAGGCACAACAUCGCCAUCUACAGAUUCCGUCAAGACCCUACUACCCUCUUCUCAGGGUCCUCAGAGCCCUCAGAUAGAUUCAUCUAGUCCCAUUUCGCCGCCAUCCCCUUCAAAUAACCUAAAUCCGCCAACAACAGCAUCAACUCCGCCCAUUAUAACGUACCCCGAAUUCCUUUUGCACACUCAGAAACCACCCCCUCUCGUCACUUUGCAAGGUGUCUUAUACACGCUCUAUGGUGCUGGAGGACUUGCUGCUACAUUAUAUGGCGCCAGUCAGUUCCUUAUCAAUCCAAUGUUGGCAGAACUAUCACGCGCCCGACACGAAUUAGCGGAAACAGCCCAGCGCAACCUCUGUACUUUGAAUGAAAAGCUCGAAAAGACUGUUUCCUCGAUCCCGCCCAUGCCCCAGAGCUCCUCGCAGCAGGAUCAACAGUUAAUCGAUGACGAUACCGUAUCCAAUGCCUCAGAUCCAACAGAGCUGUUCCAUCGAGACAUAGCAACACAAACAUCCCCCGAACUCUUACCUAGCGCCACUACACCAGUUAUAGAUCCGGAGACGGAUGGCCUUUCACCCUCGGAAAAGACCGUGAAUGCUCACGUCAAACGUCUUCAAUCGAUAUCGUCACGAUUAACUGAUUACCUAUCCGAAGAAGAUACGUCUGGCAUCAUACACGGCAGUACGGAGAAAUCUGUUGGAGAAUUAAAGAACUACUUGGAUGGGCUGAUAUAUAGCAAUCCUUCGUCGUAUCUAGGCUCGAACCUGUAUGGAAUAUAUAAUGAUAAUUCCGGCUCAAUGAGAAGCGAUGGGACUUUCGGUGGCACUAGUAAAGAGGAGGAUGCGAUUGCGGCUUUCAAAGCUGAGAUUCGAAGUGUCAAAGGAACCUUGCUCAGUGCAAGAAAUUUCCCUGCUGGUGGAGGCGUUAGAUUCGCGGUUCCAGGCACAGGUGCCCGGUAGAAUCUUUUCCCUUAAUCCCAUGUAUUUCCUGUUCAUUAUUCCAUGUCAUGCUGCGUGGUUGGUCCCCCCUAUUAUAUAUCCGUUUGAUAGAGCGUGUACGAACAAGAUAUGUAUAUUCCCAUUGCUCAGAUCCAAUUCCCGCGUACUGCGCACUGUUUACUUCGGUUUUUCCCCAGCAGCUUUUAAUUUUCACCAUUCAGCUUGGGGGGCAUUACCAAUUGGGUCAUUUUGAGCUAUUUAGCGUAUAUUUGUUUCCUUUCAAUGAAUAACUACUCUUGAUUUUCCUAAAUACAUCCUCCAGUUUUCUUUUCGAAUCAAGCCUAUACAGCUUAUGUCAGGUCAUUUCAUCUUCUGUCACAUGAUAUUCUUCUUUAUCCAUGGAUAUGAACAGUAUCGCAGCUGGCAAUCUUUCAGUUUAUGUUCCCGUUUUUCAUCAGCAACAGGGCUGAGAUGUUCAGAACAAGCAGUUACUUUUUUGGUGUUGUGCCGGAUUAACUCAGCACGUUUAUUAUGCGUUUAGCCUUGGUUUUAUCAAUCGUCGUGAGGGGAGUGGUUACAACUGCUGCCACCGUGGUGGGAAGCUGAUUUUCCAAUCCUCCCAGCGCGAAAAGUGCUCACCCAGCCCUAUCCCUUUUGCUGCGAUGGAUAUUCACGCCCGGGUGCAAGUUUUGGGGGUGGAGGACCGGCUUUCAAAAUAUCCGUCUCAUGGGAGCGGCGCUGAUUUUUUGGACAUCUUCCCGCACCCUGUGUUUAAGGACGUGACAUGGUGAUGUCGGAUUGACAACGCCAAACUUGCGCCAACAACAAUAGGGAGCAAUAAAAAGUGAACAUUGAAGGUUCCACCAACUGGCUCAAUUCGCAACUGGAAGAAUUUCUACUCUGCAAUCCGUUAGCUUAGAAUCAAAUACGCUGCACUGACCCGUAUCUCCAGACUCCGAUUCUGCACCAUCCGAGCUAUUUAUUAAUAUCCUUCUCACCAGAUCCAACGCCUGACUCAAUGCCAAAAGGAUUUGUGGGAUCUUCGCAGCUAGCUUGCACUGGACUGGAUUUCUCGGGUAUCAGCUUACCUUCGUG